CAGAAAGGCUGAAGGCACACAAACAUCCACACUGAGCUCCUGGUAUCUUUGAUUUAAAUUUAAACACAUCAUGAUUAUUCUGGUGAUGAUCAGUCUGCUGCAGGAGCUUCUUGCUGUUGCAGGUAAAGCCUUGGACCCGUGCACGGCCUACAUCAGCCUGAACGAACCCUGGAGGAACACAGAUUACCACGUCAACAAGUCCUCUGGCGUGCCGCUGUGUGACAGCCACAUGUCCGGAGAAUGGUACCGCUUCACUGGCAUGGCCGGAGAUGCCAUGCCCACCUUCUGUGUCCCUGAGAAUCACUGUGGCACCCACGCUCCAGUCUGGCUCAACGGCAGCCACCCUCAACCCAAUGACGGCAUUAUCACUCUCCAAGUGUGUGCCAGCUACAACGACAACUGCUGCCAGUGGAAUGCCAGUGUAGACGUGAAGGCCUGCGCCGGGGGAUACUUUGUGUACCGCCUGCCCAGACCAUCAGUCUGCUUCCACGUGUACUGUGGCCAUUUUUAUGAUAUCUGCGAUGAGGUGGACUGUACAGGUCCCAGUUGUCCGGAGUCGGACUGCCGCUGUGCUCCUGGAACUGAGCUGGGACCGGACAGACAAACGUGCCUGGAUGUGAAUGAGUGUGAGAAGGGCAAUGGCGGCUGUGCCGAGUUGUGUGUGAACACCAAGGGGUCCAGGCGCUGUGAGUGUGGGCCGGGUCGCGUGCUGGAUGAGGACGGACACCACUGCAGAGAGAUAGCAGGCUGCCACGUGAACAAUGGAGGCUGCACCCACGGCUGCUCCUCGCUGCUGGACUCCUAUCAGUGUCACUGCCCCAGAGGGCUGGAGCUGGGAGAGGAUAAACGCACGUGUCAGGUGCCAGUCCAGUGUGAGUCCAGCUCUAUUACUGUGUCUGUCCCCAAGGACCUUGUAGAAGGAUUGGAGCUCUUCCUGUCCAACUCGUCUUGUCGCGGCGUCUCCAACGGCACACACAUCAAUCUCAACUUCAGCCUGAAGACCUGCGGCACCACGGUGGAGGUGACAGACGACAAGAUUGUGGGGACCAACCUGGUGACAGGCCUUCCCAAGAGCAGCCCCGGUAGCAGCAGAGACUUGAUCGUCCGCACCAGCAAGUUGGUGCUCCCAGUCACCUGCGAGUUCCCCAGGGAGUACCACGUGUCGGACGGAUACCAGGCAAGUCUGCGCAGCUCAGCCCUGCAGCUGGCAGGCCACAGCGAGGGCGUCUUCCCCUUCUCCCUGGAGCUCUUCAAGAACGCUGAGUUCUCAGAGUCCUACCGCACGCCGCCGCAGCUCCGCCUGCACGACUCCCUGUUCUUCGGGGUGGAGCCCAAAGAGAGACUGGAGGGCCUCUCGGCGCUGGUGGAGAGCUGCUUUGCCACACCAGGCCCCAAAGCUGACCAGGCGCUCAAGUAUUACCUCAUCAAAGAUGGGUGCAUCUCUGAUGAGGCGGUGACACAGUACACGUCAAAGGACCAGCUCUCUAAACACUUCCAGGUCCCAGUCUUCAAGUUCAUCGGCAAGGACAACCAACAAGUGUUCCUCCACUGUCAGGUGUUAGUGUGCGGGACAGGAGACUCCCGCUGUGCUCAGCACUGUCGAGGACGUGUCCGACGGGAGGCGCGGACCAGUGACCCUCAGGAGCAGCACACGCUCACUGGAGGCCCCAUCUUCAUCCUGCCUUAGUCAUGAUGCUAACACACACCCAGAAACACAGCAUGAGAACAGGCCAGCAGCAUAUAGAACGUUAUAUAACAGCAGGCGGGAGGGUUGUAUCCAGUUUUGUUCAAAGUUCACAAAAAAAGAAUAAGUUCAAAGUUCAGUUCUUAAAGAUUAAAAUGAACUACUUAACGCUCGUAACUUCCAAAUUUGAAUUUGAAGUUCACAGUCCCUGAAAUGCACUAGUUCACGCUAAGUUCAUACAUUAUUUUUAACUUGUUGAAAUUCACCUGUGGACAUAUACAUAUACAUAUUUUUCAGUGUGGACAUACUAAACUUCAUCAUACUGAUAAACUACUUACAUUUUUUCUAAGGUAUUUCUAGCGAUUAUUAAUUGGUAAGAAAUAAUAAUUGUAUACAGAUAUCGGACUUUAACUCCCCAAUAUUCAACCCAGUUGCUCAGGCCAGGAGAUUCAUUUUAUUUUGUAUGUACACACAGACACAGAGUAUCAUUUAAAGCCCCACAUAUACACAUAUACAUGCAGAUAUACACACUCCUCUCUUCUCCACCUCCAGUGUCCCCUCACAUCACUCUCGAUCACUCACUUUCUAUUUAAUGCAUGCGAGUUUGUGCGUCUCAUCCACUUUGCCUGGCAGCACAAUUUACUGACAUUAGAGUGAAUGGCAUUUCUAUUAGAAAUCAUUCUGAGGGGCCACAGUUCAUUUGUAACAACUGCAGCAUGAAGGAUAUUUUUCUGGGUCAGACUUUCAGGCAUUUCUCAGGCUUGAUUAUGGCUUAAAGAUUUAGUGGAUUUAUGAAAGUGGUUUAUAUUUCACAUCAUCACUGACUUGGAAAAAUACAUGUGAUACAUCCAAAGAUGCUUCUUUUUUUUUUUGUUGGACUCAUCUGCUCUGUAUAAUCACUGGCUGGGGAGCAUGUCACACAUUACAGCAUGGCGGAAAAGAGAUGUCGGAGCACGGUGCCUGGAAAUUAUUCACCUCCCUGCUUCAUCAGCCUGACAGUUAAUCUAGAAUUAAUCACGUCAGUUAAUCUGCAAUUAGUCGUGUAUUUAUUUAUACAAAAUAACAAAUAACACACAAAUAACUUACACCCAACAUUAACUCAGUAUAACUGUAAUCGGCGUCACUUUUUAUCUGACUUAGAUUUGAGUUUUGAGCAAACUAGUGUAAUAAAAGUCAAAUAGCAGCACACAAUGAACCACAUGUGCCAUAAUACUGAUCCUGUGUCUUCCUGUCUAGACCAAAUUAAUCCAACUGCAAUAUCCUCCCCAUCAGGAAAUUUGUUUGGAGUAAUUUAUGGUAAUGGAGUCAUAGAGACCAAAAUAUGGCCUAAAAAUUAAAUGAAAAUGAAGUUUUGAGAGUGUAAUAUGCAUGAGUGGUUCACUACGUUUCUGAAAGUCACAAGCAGACACUUAAUUUCUAUGAAUAAAACCCAAGCAACUGUU